AUGUCGUAUAAAGAAUUGCCAGAUAUCCGUUACGAUGAGCCUCGCUGGAAACGAAUUCGAGGCAAUGGGCCAGAUCGCGGAAUCAUUCCUACUCUUCAUUUUCCAAUGAAUGCCCCAGAUGUCAUAGAAAGAGAACCAGAAGAGGAGAUGCGCAAAAAACCCCAUCUCGCGGUGAUUCUUGAAGAUGAGAGAAAUGUUAACCCUAACAUGGUGAGUCUACAAUUAGAGUUGACUGAUAGUAAAUCUGUAUUUCUGUUUCAGAUUCGGGAAUGGAGAUCGUUGAGAUACCACCCUUACGUCAAGCGGACGGUGAAUAAAAAGAUUGAAUGGCUCACGGAAGAUAGUGAAAAGGUGAUAUGUCACCAUGAUCAAUAUCUUCUAUACUGUGAAGGAGUCAGAUUAAAAAAUCGUGUGAAGAAGUUGGGACUUUCGGGUGUCUUUGUUAUGAGAGAAGACUCUUUCGAGCAGAUUCGUAAACGAUCGUACCAUCUAGCUUUGAGAGCUUUGGAGAACUAUGGAGUACCGCAGGCAUGGUGCAAAAUGAGACCAUAUUUGUCUUCACGGACUCUUCCCACUGAGCUGAGACACUAUUCUCACAAACACUUCAUCUACACUCCACCAACUAAUCGCCUUCGAAUGUCAACAGACAUCUCCUGGUCCCGGUGUGAAGACUACACUGAUUUCAAAAUACCGGUGUAUUCGGAUAGGCCGUAUGAGAAUUGGAACAAUCUCAUUUUUCCCAGAAAUGUUUGUUUCGACUAUACUGAUAACAAUAUAGUCGACAAAGUGGUGGAACCAGGGCUGGCAGAAAUUGUGGAAUUGGCAAGCGAAGAGGGGAACCAUAUAAAAUGUCCAUGCAAACCAAAAACUGAAGGUGGAAUCGCAAAUUGUUUCGAGAACCCCAACUGUCCGUGUUACAAAACGAACAUAAUGCUUCGGAAACUCAACUCUGUUAAGAAUAAUCAAGCCGUAUAUGUGAGUAUCUAUGAAAAAUUUUCAUCCUCUAUCUGUUUUUCAAUUCAGAACUCGUUCGAUCCGCUCGAAUACAACGACGACACCCCCGCUUAUCAUAACCACGGAGGAUUUGCCUGUUCCAAUAUAUGUGGCUGUGGAGGGAAGUGUGACAACAACGCACUCUACACCGCUGAUGCCAAAAUUUUCCCAAUGGAAAUCUAUCGGCAAAGUGACCUGAUUGGAUUUCGCGUUCGAGCCACUUCCUACAUUCCAUCAGGAACACCAGUGAUGGCGUUUGUUGGGGAGCUCGUUCGAGACCGAAUUGUUGAAGGCGAGGCAUUGGACUACAGUAUGCAGUUAACCGAUAUGGUAGAAGACUCCAAAUAUCUUCUCGCUCUGCUCGCGAAAGAAAAAGUUUUCCCACCGACGUUCCUCAAACAACUGAAAGAAAUAUAUAAAUACGAUGUUUUUCUGGAUUGCCUCCAUCAAGGAAACAAAUCUCGAUUUUUGAUGCACUCUUGUGUUGCCAAUCUGGAACCAGUGAGAAUCUAUCAGAAAAGUUUCAGUCCAGCUCACGCAAAAAUGAUUCUAUACUCUACCAAAGCUAUCAUGCCUGGAGAGCUUCUAACCUUGAACUACGGUAGCGGCUACGUCGGACUGGACAAGGUCGGAUGCCAAUGUAAAGCCUUUUCAUGCAAAAAUGGAGCACACGCCGGUGUCUUCUCAAAAUUGAGCGUACAUGAGCUCGCCGAUUGCUUCACUGCCUUCCAAAUGGAAUCAAUGCAAGAGUAUGAAGCGGACAGAGAGAGGAAUAAUCGGAAGUACGGUCGUUUUGAUGUGGACCUUCACAGAAAAGACAAUAUUCCGAUCAUCGAAAGCAAACCAUUGAUUCACAGGUCGCGAGACCAUAUGUGA